CCACAGAAGAACAAAUGCAAGAUUUCCUAGAGGAAAUACAGCUCAUGAAACAAAUCGGGUACCACCUGAACAUAUUAAACUUAUUGGCCUGCUGUACUAUGACAAAUCCCAUGUUCCUUGUACUGGAGUUUGCAAAGAAUGGGGAUUUACUUCACUACCUCAGGAAAACAAGACAGCAGAUCACACAAGCUUCUGAAGAGACGAGAAAUGCAGCCCCUCAUUAUCAAAACGGAGUCAUAGAUAAAGGGAGCUUACAUGAAGUAAUUCAGAUUCUCGUUUUAUUCUUGUUCUCUUUUCAGUGCACCAGCGACAAUAACAGAUGUGCAUUUUUUCGACUCAGUAACAACAAUGAUACUGACAACUUACAUGACGAUGAUACCCUCACAUCCGCUGACCUAAUGACGUUCGCAUGGCAGAUAGCGAAGGGAAUGGAGUUUUUGUCGCGUAAAGGAUUCGUUCAUCGUGACCUGGCGGCGAGGAAUGUUCUCGUUUGUGAAGGCAAGCUGGUGAAGAUAGCCGACUUUGGAUUGUCGCGUAACGUGUACGCUGAGAAGGUGUACCAUGCUACAAAGAACAGAAAACUGCCAGUCAAAUGGAUGUCACCGGAAGCCAUUCAUGAUCAAAUGUUCACGACAGAGAGUGACGUGUGGGCGUUUGGUAUUCUACUUUGGGAGAUUUUAACAAUCGGUGGGACACCAUAUCCUACCAUAAGUAAUCAUGAACUUUUAGGGGCUCUUAAAUCUGGAUACAGAAUGGAAAAACCACAGAUGUGCUCGGAUGAAAUGUAUGAACUGAUGCGACAGUGUUGGACGGAAAAUCCCGCUGAAAGGCCUUCGUUCACUGUCAUCCAGGAACAACUUGAACGGAUGAUGUUACUGCAUUGUCCUUAUUUGGAUAUGGCAGACGCAAAGUAUAGUUACGCACCCCUUUAUAACGUUGACAGUGACAAAGAAACGCAAAUGGAAAGUACUACUUUGUAACUUACAUGCUGAUUUGCAUGUACGAUUUUUGGACAUAAUGACAAGUUGGCAUUCUGUUCGUUUCUCAGCCGUUGUUAUUUUCAAAGUAGGGCUUGCGGUAUCUUUUCCAGACGAAACAAACCGUGUUUUUACGAAAUAUGCCCAACAAGGUCAGCAAGACAAAUUAAUAAUAGCAAAAACAAUGAACACCCUACAAAGUUUCCUGAAGUACCCACCACUUCAUCAACAAAUAUUUCAGAGAGUAUAAAGUGACAUUUCGCAAAGUAACAUGAAGUAUCAUUUCGCAAAGCACCUCAGAGUACCAUUUGGCAAAGUACCAAGCUAUAUUCCUAAACGCGCGAUUUAAAAUUUCGCAGACUUUUUUUAGUACCAUGCGUUAAAGUGACUAAAUUUUGUAGCGUAUGACUAUCUUGUGGUAACGUUUCCUAAGUAGGGAACACUGAAACAUAACCACUACACUGAGCAAAUGUUAAUAACCAAAUGUAAUAAAUUAUAACAAAUAAAUUAUACAAUAAAUUCUACCAAGGUAGCAUGGAUGUUAGUGAAGAUAUAUCACAGUAAAAACCCACAUCAAACCAAAAUUCAAAGAAAAUAAGAAUUAUAUAUCUUCCGGCAUAGUGAAAAAAACGUUCAAUUUAAGAAAAGAGACAUGAUUAAGCUUAAGUUAAAUUCAAAAAGAGAAUGAAAUAAUUAAAGCUUAGGAUGUUCAGGAUUAUUGCUGUCAUGACGAAGGCAAUCUUUUCCACCUGGUACUCCUGCUUCCAAACCAUCUCGUUCAUGGGACAUAUUACAACCAAGGAUUCCGCAUUAGAUCCAAUUACGUUCAUGGCGAUUUUUUUCAAAUACGGCCUUCGCGGUACCUUUUCAAUUUCAGACGUAAGACAACGUGCUUUAGGGAAUAUGUCUGAAAAUGUCACAGCCUGAGAAACCAACAGGUGCAAAAACAAUGAACACCUGAAUGGUAUGUCAUUGAAGUUCCAGCUUCAGUAAGCAAUAUUUCACAGAGCAUCAAGUGACAUUUCGCCAAGUAACGUGAAAUAUACCAUUUCGCAAGCUUCGCAAAGUAUCUUGAAGUAAUAUUUCCCAGUGCCAGCAUACAAGGUAAGAUUUCGCAAAGUAUACUGAGUUGCUAUCUUUUGAAACUCGAUUUGGCAAGUUGCCAUACAAUUUUAAGGUAACUUUAAGUACCAUUUCUAAAGUGGCAAAUAAUUUCGCAGAUUCAAUUGAAAUAGGAUUUCCCAAAUUACAAAGACCCAUUUCGCAAAGUAUGUAUCAACCAUUUUCAAAACGUUUUGGCAAAGUUAUUCCUCGAAUUGUAGAGCAAAAUUUCACAAAAUAAAAGUAUAGUAUAGAUGAAUCAUUUUUUUGUAAAGUAGGGCGUUUCAUAUGGGCGACGGAAAAUAUUAAAAACCACCUCGAUAAGAUGAGUACCCCAUUGAAAAUAUUUCACUUUAUCUUUAUUCAUCAGCACUUCGAUAUUAUGUUUUUUGAUAUUCUUCUCUUCUUGAAUCUCAUCUUGAUUCUCUCUUUGAAUCUGAUUCGCCGGAUUGCUCCUAAAUUUCCAACUUUGGCAGCUUUUCAAGCUUUUUGUUACACCGUAAAACAAUAUAAAAUGUAAACGUUCAACACAGAGUCAUAUAUUUUGCAAACACUAGCGCUUUUUGGGCCCGAAAUCUCAAACUCAUGCGUAUGCCAGAUUUGAAGUCAACGGCUUUAAUCAAAAUUCUUCACAAAAGUUGCUUUUAAAGCAAUACCGUACAGAAAAAUUGGCGGCCUUGGUCGGUUCGUGUUGGGAAUAACCAUGUGCCCUCGGUCUUACUGUGUAAGAAGUCUUGGAUAGGGCCCUCAACCAGCGGCCUCGGGCCAUGUAGUGGGAUUCAUGCUG